UGUUACAUUUCAUAAGAUGCCACUUUUUAUGGAAUUUUCUGUAUAUUCCUAAAAUUUCGUUAAAAUAUAAGCGAAUGGAUAUAAAGAAUGAUUUAUAUAGAGAAAUUAAACUAUAUAAUAGCCCCAGAGAAAGAGAAAAAUUGGAUAAUGAAGCAGAAUUGUUUUCAGUUAUUUGUACCUUACAAAAUUUAGAAAAAGCAUAUAUUAAAGAUGCAGUACCACCAAAAGAAUAUACAGCUUCAUGUUCUAAAUUACUAGUCCAAUAUAAAGCUGCUUUUAAAUUAGUGCAAGGUUCAGAAUUUAAGACUGUUGAAGAUUUUCUUAAACAUUAUAGAUGUACAUUCCCUGCUGCUAUGGAGAGAAUUAGAGAGGAGAGACCUAUUACCAUCAAAGAUGAUAAAGGCAAUACCAGUAAAUGCAUAGCCGAUAUUGUGUCGUUAUUCAUAACUAUUAUGGAUAAGCUGCGUUUAGAAAUCAAAGCAAUGGACGAAAUUCAACCAGACCUGAAGGAACUUCUAGAGGUUAUGAAUAGAUUAAGAAAUCUUCCUAAUGAUUUUGAUGGCAAACGAACCAUUCAAACAUGGCUUCAAAAAUUAAACACUAUGAGCGUGUCCGAAGAAUUAACCCACGAUCAAGUUAGACAAAUGCUUUUCGAUCUUGAAUCGGCUUACAAUGCCUUCAACAGAUCUUUACAUAAUUUAUAAAAUAUUCUUAUACAUAUUCAUUUAUUAUAUUGGCACAAAAAAUUUAAUGACUCAUUUUAUAAAUAUAUAUUAAAAUAUACAACAAUUUUCAUUAUUAUAAUAACAUAUAUAUUUUUUUAAAUAAUUUCCUACUUUAUUUAUUUUCACUUCAAAA